CCUUCCUAAAGGUGAAGAUAUAUCACAGAUUUCAAAAGAAAAUAAAAACAGGAGACCGCGAAUAAUAUAGCAAAUAGCGCCCCCUUCACUUCCGGAGUGCAAUGGUCCCUUUUCCAAAUAAGGUCUGAGACUGACAGCGGCCCGUCCCGCCCCUUCCUGUUUGCUGCAGCCAGGUCCUUCUCUUUCGUCCUACCGUUCAUCCGACCUGAAGCGUCAGACGCGUUCGGUGUGAACGCAGCAUUAGCCCUGACGUCAUGUGACCAGCCCGCCUGGUGUGACGUCACAGCUCCACCUGUGGGUUGAGGUUGUUAUUAAAGGUGACUGAAUGUCUGCGAUCUCAUUGGCUGAGUUGGUUCAGGACUCAGGCGUGUUAAACUCCAGGCCUCCGGUCGCUGUCCUGCAGGUUUUAGAUGAGCCUCAGGUACAAAACGCUGGAAUGAAACGGCUUCAUGACCUCCUGGUGUGGACCGGUUCUCCAGAGUUCUGCUAAUGACCUCAUUAUUCUGUCCAGGUGCAGCAGAGGAACAUCAGGCCACCGACCCUCCUGUGGUUCAGGUGUUUCGUUACGGUUCUUCAAACUGAACCCAACCAGAACCGAUGGUCUUGUUUAACCACCCAGAGUGGCUAGAGGAGGCAGAACCAGACCGAAGCUGGACCGGAGCUGACUGGGUGGAACCAGGUUCUGAUCUGAUCAGUCGGGUCAACGAUGCUCUGCUGGUUUCCAUAGAAACAUCUAAACUGGUCAUAAUAAGUAGCUGAGCUCACUGCACCGAUAACCGAUCAACUGGAAUGAAUGAAUGAAUGAAUGAAUGAACUGAAAUUACUUUCAUAAAGUUCUUCCAGACCAUCGGAGCAUCCGAUUGGUCGGUCUGUGAAGCUGCACUUGAACUCAGCUGCAGUCUGCCCCCCCCAGCUGACUGACCUCUGACCCCCAGCAUGAAAGAAAACAAUCAGAACAACAAACCAGACCAGACAUGAUCCCCCUGCAGCCCCGCUGCAGCUGUCUGACCCACCAGAACCUCCUGGUAGUUCCUCAUCCAGGUUCUGGUCCGAAUGCUUCUGCUUCUGGUUCUGGUUCUGGACCAGAUAAUAACAGAUACAUUGAUAAAAACACAAAGCGUUGCUGCGGAAUAAAACACCUGAAAACAUGGCAACAUGGGGCAACAUGGCAACAUGUUUUCCUAUGUGGAAUCGAACCAGCAACACCAGACCUGGCCGUUGUUUGUGCUGUGGUGUUGCCAUAGCGAUGGAGCUGAUAUUUCAUGAUGUUUUCGUAACUAGUUGUUCAUUUUUCUGGAGAAUCAGGCAAAGAAUUGAUUUAAGUUUUUACCCAAAACCUUUGAAGCUCCUUUAGAAACUAUUUUAAAAUUUUGUAAUUAAUUUAUUAAGUUUAUAAUAAGUUUAUUCCAACUUAUUAUAUGACAAAUAAUAAUGGUAUCAAAGCAUAACUGGGACAUUUCUAAAGGUUAAAUUAUUUCUAAUAAAUCUAAAAUUAAAAAGUGAAUGUUUCCAUGAGCCGUAAAUAAAUAAAAUAUUAAAAUCUGUGAGAUAUUUUCCUUUUCCAUCUGUGGUUGACGUUGCCGCCGUCGGUGUUGGCAGCUCCUGCUUCGCUUUACGAAGACAAGCUGGCGCCGGCGGCGCUUCGUUAAAACGGGGCCCCGAUGGAGCCGAAGGUCCAGCAUCAUCAUCAUCAUCAUCACCCCCCUUCCUGAGGGGGAGGGGCUCAUCAUGGGGGGGUCUGACUGCACAUCCCCCAACCCUGAGCAGCAGACGGGCCCAGAGGUCAGGAGGUCAUGAGACCGACCCCCAGGCCCCGCCCCCCCGACUCUGAACGUGAACUUCACGGUUCCAACAAUUACCCCCCCAGGGGUAAAUCCUUCAGCACCCUGAGAACCAGACAGCCCCCCCCCCUGGACAGAUGUCCUUCAGUCUGCUGCUGAACGGGUCACUUCCUGUUCAGGUGAGUCACCCGGGUUGGGUUAAACUGGGUGACUUUAGCCCAGUGCUUCCCAGUCCUCAGGCCCCCAGUCUGCAGCUUUAGAUGAGCCUCUGCUCCAGAACCGCUGAUCCAAACGGUUCCAUCAAGAACUGCAGCCUGUUAAUCAAUCCAGGUGUGGCAGCAUGGAAACAUUCAGGCAGGAGGACCGGACCUGAGAAACGCUGCUUUACACUGAACCAGUUUCUCCCAGUUUGAUCUGCUGCUGGUCAAACUGGGAGCCUGAAAGUAAAAACUGGAGUGAAGACAAAAGAAAACGAAGAGAAAAAGGAGCGAAUGAUGGAGGGAGGAUGAAGAGAGAGGGGAACAACGGUGACGAUGAUGGUUCUGGUUCUGAUCCGAUCAGAUUUAAGCAUCAGCCUUUCAGCAGCUUUUAAACUGAUUUUCAUUAAACCACACUGCUGUGUUUUUAUUGGUCAGAUGAAAAAUGGGAAGCUCUGAUUGGCUGAAGCAGAAAAGCUUCAGAUGUAAACUUCUGGGUUCCUGAUGAAGAGGAAGAGAAAUCAGGAAAUGAUGAAGAGGAGGGAAUGUAAAUCAGAAGAUGAAUCAGAUCCAGAACCUCAGAGUUCUGAUGGCAUCGGGUCGGUGAACAGAACCUUUGGUUCUGAAACAGAGUCUGACCUGAACAGCAGAGUCCCAGCAGCAUCAUCAACAUCUUCAUCAUCGUCUUCAGCCUCCUGAUUCUUCUCUUCCCUGUUACAGAACCCGGUUCUCCUCUGGCUCUGACCCGGUUCUGCUGCAGAGCCUCCUCGCUGCUGCUCCUUCUGAAGUCGGGCUCCAACUGAACCAGAACCCGGAGACGCCUGGCUGAUGUGGGAGGGGCAUGAGGGGGAGGAGGGGUUAAAGGAUCCAGAUUCUCACGGUCCAGGUUCUGGUUCUGAUCCGGCAGUCUGGGUGGCGAUGGCGGGUCGCGGACACGGCCGCAGAACUCUGGGUUUGGACCCGGUCGGAACCAGCAGAGGCGACUCCCUGCCUCCGGCCGUGCAGCAGCCCACACCCGUGUUCCCGGUAAUGGAGCAGAAGCCCCUCCCCUUGGCAGGUGGGGAGGAGUCAGAGUACCUGACGGCGCUGAAGCAGGACUUCAGGGUGGCCAUGAGGAGUCAGCCAUGUUUCAUCCAGCCGGCCGCCGCCCACAGAGAUGUGGAGCGAUACUCAGAUAAAUAUCACCCGAGUGACAAGAUGGACGGCCUCACUGACUGGAUCAUAGACUGGAAGAGAUUCCCCAAAGAGCUCCGGGUCCAAAUCAGGAAACCCAGAGACGGGGCGGCGCUCAGCCGCCUGGCUGCUCCACCGUCGGGACAGAAGAAGAAGAAGAAGAAGGUUGGCGAAAAAGAGGAGGUGCUGCUCAAACUGGAGACGCUGGAGAAGAAGGAGCAGCAGGAGAGUUCUGAGGAGGAGGGCGAGGAGCAGAAGGAGGACGAGGCCGAGGCUGAGGAAGAGUAUGAUGAAGAGGAGUUUGAGGAGGAGACAGACUACAUCAUGUCGUACUUCGAUAACGGCGAGGACUUCGGAGGAGACAGUGACGACAACAUGGACGAGGCCGUCUACUAGAACUGGUUCUGGUUCCGACCCGACUGAUCCGUUUUAUCGGAGCGUUCUUAAAGUUUUUGUACAAAAACUGUUUUUAUUGUUUUUUGCUGUUGAAAAUAAACCAGUGUGAUGUUUGUAA